AUGUUGUUCACUCUGAGGAGCAAGUCAGUCUUUAAAGAGACCCCUCGAUACCUCCUCCUGUAUAAUCUGCUCUUCGCUGACACCUUCCAGUUGGCAAUGGGUCAACUGCUCUUGAUCUUGUCUCUACCUCCAGUGUUUCUGACUCACUAUACAUGUACAAUACUAGUUUUGAUAACUAUCACUGUGACUUCUGUGUCUCCCUUGAACCUGGCGGUGAUGUCACUGGAGAGGUAUGUGGCUGUGUGCUUCCCACUGAGGCACUCUGCCAUCGUCACCGUCAAGAACACAGGUAUCGUAAUCUUGUGCUCCUACUUUGGUGUGACGACAGUAGCCAGAUCUGCUUCCUCAGACAAAGCCUCGACCACCAAGGCCCGCAACACAGUUCUGCUCCACAUGAUUCAGCUCCUUCUGUGUCUCUCCACCUCUCUUUCCGGUAUACUAACGGGAUAUAUAUACAGACUUGGAACAUUGAAUCGAACUGCAAGGUUAAUUGUUGGUUAUGUAUUCUUUAUAUUCAUUGUAACCUUGCCUAGGUGCCUGAGCAGUCUGAUAUAUGGUCUGAGAGACCAAACCAUCAGACUUGUAUUCCUGCACCACCUCAGGUGUGCUCUCUGGACAGGUGGGCCCAGUUUAACAACAGAUAAACACUGAGGGCCACAUUACUGAA